AUGGUGGCCUCAGCAGUCAGGCGGAGGGUCUGUCUGCGCUUGCACAGCCCGAGCGGCUGCUCGGUCCCGCAGAAGAGCGACACGGACCGCAAGUGCUGCGGUCCACACGCCGGAAACUUGUUUGGGGAAUGUGUCCCUGUAAAAGCACUUCCAGGAGCUGAUGGUUCUGUUGGUUCUAUUUGUAGAGUGGUUAUUUACUUUGAAAGUAAUCAGCCCUGCCCAGAUGGGAUUGGUGAUUCUAACAUUGUAGUGACAGUUCUAAGCUUCAAAUUUGUCUUCCUUCACAUAGAAAUGGAAAAGAUCUUCUGCUAUCUCACCGUUUCUGCCCCUCUGUGGUCCAUACUGAUUGAUAUUUCUCUGCAUUGCAAUUGUUUUCCAGAUAUUUCGGUGAGCCUGUUAGCAGUCGUCGUCAGCUUCUGUGGCCUGGCACUGUUGGCGGUCUCCCUUUUUGUCUUCUGGAAGGUGUGCUGGCCAUGCUGGAAAAGCAAACCCGUGACUCCAAACGGCAGCACCCUCCCACAGAGCAUUUCAAGUGCUCCCACGGAGGUUUUUGAGACUGAAGAGAAAAAAGAGGUUAAAGACAAUGGCAAGCCAGUGCUGAAAGCUAUUGAGCCCGCGAUAAAAAUUAGCCACACUUCUCCGGAUAUCCCAGCCGAAGUCCAAACUGCUUUGAAAGAACAUCUAAUUAAGCAUGCGCGUGUCCAGAGACAAACCACUGAGCCUACUUCUUCAUCCCGACACAAUUCCUUCAGGAGACACCUACCAAGGCAAAUGCAGGUGUCCAGUGUGGAUUUCAGCAUGGGCACUGAACCUGUUUUACAAAGAGGAGAAACAACAACCAGUAUAGGGAGGAUAAAACCAGAGCUCUACAAACAGAAAUCGGUUGACUCCGAGGGCAACAGAACUGAAGACGUCAAAACCUGUGGGAAACUUAACUUUACACUCCAGUAUGAUUAUGAAAAUGAGCUUCUAGUUGUGAAAAUUAUCAAAGCCUUAGAUCUCCCUGCGAAAGACUUCACAGGAACUUCAGAUCCAUAUGUGAAGAUGUAUCUUCUUCCAGACAGGAAAAAGAAAUUUCAGACCCGUGUGCACAGAAAGACUUUAAAUCCUCUAUUUGAUGAAACUUUUCAGUUUCCAGUAGUAUAUGAUCAGAUAAGCAACCGCAAACUACAUUUCAGUGUAUACGAUUUUGACAGAUUUUCUAGACAUGACAUGAUUGGAGAAGUGAUUCUUGAUAAUUUGUUUGAAGUCUCUGAUCUCUCCAGAGAAGCCACAAUAUGGAAAGACAUUCAUUGCGCUACCACAGAAAGUAUAGAUCUGGGUGAAAUCAUGUUUUCCCUGUGUUAUUUGCCAACUGCUGGACGUAUGACGUUGACGGUCAUCAAGUGCAGGAAUCUGAAGGCAAUGGACAUCACUGGCUCAUCAGAUCCUUAUGUCAAAGUGUCUCUCAUGUGUGAGGGUAAAAGACUGAAAAAAAGGAAAACAACUAUAAAGAAGAACACUCUGAACCCUGUCUACAAUGAGGCCAUUAUUUUUGACAUCCCCCCAGAGAAUGUGGACCAGGUCAGCCUCUCCAUCGCCGUCAUGGAUUACGACAGGGUGGGACACAAUGAGGUCAUAGGAGUGUGCCGAACGGGGAUAGAUGCCGAGGGCCUUGGGCGCGACCACUGGAAUGAGAUGCUGGCCUACCACCGGAAGCCCAUAACACACUGGCACCCCUUGCUGGAGUUACCUGGCCGGGCCACCAGUUUUGAUAGUCAAGGAUCCUGUUCCUCUCCCAAACCACCUUCCACACCGUAAUGCCUCCGAUGUAACACCCUGUAGUAAGGACCUAGGACCAUGUGCUCCUUGGAUCAGGGGGAAAAUAAGUGGAAGGUUUGAUUUCCUCACUUAAAAUGUAUUCAUAGAAGUGAACAAACCUGAUGUGCAAUGUUUUUCAUUUAUCUUUUCCUCUGCUUUUAAACUUUGAACAUCUUAAUAUUUUUUACUUGAAUAUGAAUAGUCCUUAGUUACAUAAGGCAUUUUAUCCCUCAUGUCAUAUGUAUUAGCACAAAGAGAGUUUGAAAAUGUAAUUGCUUGCAUAAGCAAAGAAAGUGUUUUUUUUAAAAAAGGAAUCAAUACACAUUUAAAAUUAAACACAGUUUAUGCUGCUAUUGUAUAGAGUAGUGUAUCACAUAUGUGUGGUCUUGCUUUUGUCAUAAUUUGUUCAUUUUCAGUUGUGCCCUUGGUUCCAUAUAACCUGUAAUGCGCAUUUUAAACUUCACAUGCGCAGUGCUGAUUCCUUGUGCAUUCACGCUGAUGUCGCUUCUCUGAUACUAGUCCUAUUCUCCUUCUCAGUAUAUUCUUUUCUUGGUGAGGUUUGGGUCUUCCAAACUCAAAACUCUGUCUCUCUAC